UACUACAACUUCUAGAUGCAGAAGCUGAUUUGUGCCAUUUUGCAAUUUGCACUAUGUCGGAUUCCAGUGUAAAGUCUUCAUCUCAAAAAACAAAUAGUUCAGGUGGAAACGAAACAAAUUCAGCUUUUGCGGAUGCGGUACAGAGAGCUCGCCAGCUUGCCGCGAAAAUCCAUUCUACAGGAAGUGACAGCAACAGUGUAACAAGUGGUACCAAAAGGCCUUUAGAAGACAGCAUGAAUGGUUUAAACGACGGCACUCCAGAUAUAAAGAAAAUGGCCUCAGGUGAUUGUUUUGGUCAAGGUAUGCAACAAAGAAAUGGAGCUGGAAGUGACUUUGUUGUAGAAGAAUAUCAUGUUCCCGAUAAAAUGGUUGGCUUGAGUAAGUAA